CCGGUGCGUUCCCGCUCUCGGCACGUGCGCGCGCACCCCGGCCGCCAUAUUGGGAGGAGAGCGCGGCCCAGCGAGUUUGCGUUGAACACCCCCGACACCUGUUGCCGCCAAAAACCCCCCCCGCCACCAACCUCCUCUCUCUCUCUCUAACAUCACACAUCGCACGCAGGUCGCCUCAGACGAAUUACACAUACAUUAUUUGAGACGAAGGAGGGGGGGGGGUAGGUUCAAGAGUAAAAAAAAAAACUCGAAAAAUAAUUUCACAGCGAUCGAGCAUCGUGAGGAGCUUUCGACCGAUUCGACCACGGGGGGUUUUUUUAUUGUUUUUUUUUUGCCCUCACACGCGGUCACCACCGUUGCGGCGUUUCUCGUUUCUCCGCGUCCCCCCGGGCUGCCGGGUCUUUCCGCAACGCGCCCGGCGUUCCCCGUGCUUUGGUGACCAACCACAUUACGUCUACACAACUCCCUGUUGCUGUGUCUAGCGACGUAUUACUACACUUCUACACACGCUGCUUGUUGUGUCCAGAGAGCUUUUCUCCACGGACGUACUUACUGUUGUCCCAGCAUAAUCAAGGUUUUGGAGGAAGAGCGUUAUGAUGAAUGGGGGAUCCCUGGAAGCACGGGGCCAUCUGGACCCAGACGCCAUCAAGAUGUUCGUCGGGCAGAUCCCUCGCUCGUGGGGCGAAUCUGAGCUCCGUGAACUGUUCGAGCAGUUUGGAGCCGUGCACGAGGUGAACGUGCUUCGCGACCGGACACAGACUCCGGCUGUCAGCAGAGGUUGCUGCUUUGUCACGUAUUGCACCCGCAAAGCUGCACUUGAAGCCCAGAGCUCCCUGCACAACAUCAAGACUCUGCCUGGGAUGUAUCAUCCUAUACAGAUGAAGCCAGCCGACAGCGAAAAGUCCAGUGUGGAGGAAAGAAAGCUGUUCAUCGGAAUGCUGUCCAAGCAGCUGAGUGAAGCCGAUGUGCGCGUGAUAUUUUCCCCUUUUGGACAAAUCGAGGAGUGCCGUGUUCUGCGGGGAACGGAUGGACAGAGCAAGGGGUGUGGCUUCAUUACAUUUGCAACACGAAUGAUGGCUCAAAACGCAAUCAAGAGCAUGCAUCAUUCCCAAACUAUGGAGGGUUGCUCGUCGGCCGUGGUGGUGAAGUUUGCCGACACUCAAAAGGACAAGGAGCAGCGCAAGCUUCAGACCCAGCUGCAACAACUGCAGCAGCUGAACGCUGCCGCCACCAGCUGGGGCAGUCUCGGAGGAGGACUUGCCACUCUGAACCCUCAGUACCUUGCUCUACUGCAGCAGGCUUCCUCUGCGGGUGGAAUGAGCAGUGCCUACGGCGGCAUGCCUCAGGUCUCAGGCCUGAACUCUGUGCAAUUAGCCACGUUGGCGGCCAUGGUAGGCAUGGGCCACUCAUCGCAAAGCACCCUCGGGUCACAAAGCAGCUUGUCAGCCUACAGCCCAAUGGGAAGUUCCUCAAGCCCCUCAGCAGCUGUGACCUCAAUGUCAUCACUGGGUGCCCUGCAGGGCCUCUCGGGUGUCUCCUCUGGCCUCGGCAUUGGCUCACUUGCUGGUAUGGGAUCCCUGAACGGUGGCCUUGCCAAUGGCUCGGGCAGCACGAUGGAUGCCCUGUCGCAGGCCUACUCUGGCAUGCAGCACUACACGGCUGCCGCCCUGCCCAACCUCUAUGGCCAGAGCUCAUUGAUGCAGCAACAGCAGCAGCAUUCAGCCAUGGGCAGCCAGAAAGAAGGUCCUGAGGGAGCCAACCUGUUCAUCUACCACUUACCCCAGGAGUUUGGAGAUCAGGACCUCAUGCAGACGUUCAUGCCGUUUGGCUCUGUUGUCUCCUCCAAGGUGUUCGUGGACAAGCAGACAAACCUCAGCAAGUGCUUUGGUUUUGUGAGCUACGACAAUCCAAUCUCGGCUCAAGCUGCCAUCCAAGCCAUGAACGGCUUUCAGAUUGGCACCAAGCGUCUCAAAGUACAGCUCAAGCGCUCCAAGAAUGACAGCAAGCCCUACUGACGGGGCAUGUGCUUGCCCGGUUUUUUUCUUCUAGAUGUCGGUUGUGCCGUUAACAAUCGUGUCGGUGUGACCGUGUGACGUCCACCAGCCAAUCAGUCAUCGUCCCGUCCCUGUCCGCUCACCUCUGAUCUCCGUUCCAUCGUGCUUUGGUUACGUAUUUUAAGGUGUUUUUUUAUAUAUAUCGUUUAAUUUCGUUACACAUACAACAUGGACUUCAUUGUGACUGCCUUGGAAUACUCGCUGGCAAUCACUUGUGCCAAUGCAAAUGUUUAAAGAUGCCCAUGCUUGCAUUCUGCAUAAAGUGGCAACUGUAUUUGCUGUACCAACAGUACCUGCCAGGAUUGUCUGUGUGCUCUGCCACUUGGUUUUUUUGUUUGUUUGCUAUUUGUUCCAUUUGAGCCCAAUUAUUCACAAAAAGGUGGACCCAUAAACCUGGUCUUUAUUAUGAGUUACAUGCAUGGAAGUUUUAAUUAUUUUUUAUCAUGAAACCACCUGUAACUAGAUGUGCAAGUUUGUCCCCCCCCAAAUACAUGACUACCAAUUCGCAACGUUUUUUACACUUGGCACCGUGACUCGCAUUAUGUAUAAAAUACAACAUUGUACAAAGGCAAAAUAUAUGGGUUGUGGAAGAAAAUUGUCCUCUGAAUUUAACCGCACUAGACUCUCCAUUAAUUGCACCUAAUAGGGACGGUUUGUGUGGAUAAACACAUUUUUAUGGUUAAUUGAUUAAGUGAAAUCAAGAUUUUCUUGGAGCAGACAGGGAGGAGGAGGGAUGGGUAUUCUGGGCAAGGGCUGCACAAAGUAAAGGGCUGAGGAGAAGUGACGUUUCCUUUUUUGAGUGUCUUGCAGAAUAAAAUGAACUCGGCUCGACUGAAGUGCAGUUCAUCGAGAGUCUACUGUAUUUUGUCACGAUUUGUUUUCCUCAAUAAAUGUUGCUCUCUCCUGUGCUUGUUUAAUGUGCCGUGACCUCUGCGGCCUCUACUAGUCAAUUUAGUACAUACCAUGCCAGUGGAAUCUCUACCUUAAAUGACGAUGCUUUCAAUUGGGUGGCUAGUUUUCAUUUGUGUUGUGCAUUCGUGCUCUGCAAAAUAACGUAACUUGACCUUUGCGCACGACCAACAAGCGUGGGAACGCGUGCAGAAGAAAUCUCUCCAAACGUGUUUUCUGCACGUGUUUGACAGCCAAAUUUUUUUUUUUAAAUCAUAAAUGGCCCACUUAAACGCAUCAUAUUUUUUUUUUAACCUGAAAGAUACAAUUAGAAACCAACAUUAAGGUUAGAGUAAACAUACCUUCAUAUAUUUUUUUUUACUAUUUACCUUUCAUUCGGACACCGUAAGUCGCUGCCGCCUGAAAGUUGUCUCUGUUGGUGCAUACCGACCAAGUUACCUUGUCAGGUUUAUUUGAUGGGAGAAUCGAGUGUUUAUUUUGCUGAUGCAAUGGCCGAGUAUAAUAUACGAAUGGAACAAAAAAAAGCGACAUUGGUUCAGUCAUGUUUGUGCUCCCCCAUGUUAUAGUUCGUGAGCUUGGAUUCAUUUCUCGUGGUUGCACGUCAGUUUUCCCCUGACUUGCGUACAUAUAUAUUUUUUGCACGGUGACUGUAAAGCUGUCGCUGGACACCGUUUUAAUUACAUGUUGAGUGAAAGCAGGCAUUGCAAUGGAAAAUUUGACGCUUUCAAAAGAGCUUUCGUUUCGUCAAUCACUUUGCCAACGUUUUUUUUCGUCCCAAAGACCUUGCGUGAAAAGGGCCAAGUUCCCCCUAUUUCUGGGUUGAUUAGCGUUUGACUUUUUUUUACAGUCAUACAUUUUUUUUUUGCGGUGCGUUUGUGAAAACAGUUUGUACCGAAGCAAGAAAAUAAUUUCAACAUUUCUCGUGGCAUCACCUGCCGGGCUUUCGAUCAGUUUGGUAACACGUAGAAAGUUCGUGCGCUUGGACCGAAUUUGGCCUAUGCUCAUUGCAAACGUUGUCUUUGGGAACCACGUACUGACGGCUGGCCUCCAGUGUGUGUGUGUGUUACCUUGUGGUCUGGUGACUUUAACACAUGGUUACAAUUCAGUUGCGUAAAAUACAGGCUCCUAAUACCACCUUGGCAGUAUUGACUACCCUAAUUUGGAGAAGUCCAAUGUUUCCACUUAAACUUGAGUAGACGCAAGUUAAAUUAAAUUGAGUUUCAUGGUUAAGAAGACCGGUUGACUGCUAUUCUUUGGAAGUUAUUAGUGACUGAAUUGGGGCCUUCUGUUUUGAGAAUCCUGAAAACACUUUUUAUACGCACGUAUUUUCUGGCCAUCACUGUUUUGAUUGUCUUGAUAUCCUGUGAAAAAUGAUGGUUUAUAGACUGAAGGAACUGCAGCUUUAAAUGUUAACGUUGAUGCGAAGCAGUUGCGCUUUUGGAGGCAUUGAAUUUUUCUUAUGCUAAAUACGCUGCAUUGGUAAGUCAUUCCCUAACCCAAGUCUUUUGUUUGCUUCACCUGUAGAGUUUUAUGUUUUUUUAUUGGUUCCUCAUGAUUAUUUUUGUAAUGUUUUGAAAUGUGGGCCAAUUGACUUGUUUUCAUUGUAAUUUUCUAUAGUUUUUUUUUUACUUUUGCCACAGAGCAUCUGAGUCCCAAAACCACGCCAAGGACUCUUGAUGAUAGGAAUGAGGAUCAGAAGUUUGUUAACAUUUUUGCCUUGCGUGAUACUUUAAGAUUAAAUAUGUUUAUUGAGCAAUGCUUUACAAAACACAGUGAGCCAGGCAACAGCCUGUGGGUUAGACGUGUUUUGGCAUCUCAUUCACAGUGACAUUAACGUUGAUGUUAUGGAUCUAAUUGUUUUAGUCGACGCACUGAGUUUUUUUUCUGAAAUGUUUAAUAUUUUCUUUAUUUUUUACCUCUUCGUUUUGUGUCCAUCCUAUGCGAUGUAUAAUGCAGGGUUUGAAGGGGGUGGAUCUCAAACGCUGUCACGUUAAACUUAAUAUUUUCAGGGACCGUUUUGGCAUUGGUGGAAAAAGCAAAGUUCACCAUUCACAAUAAAAGUCACUGAGAAGGGAAAUAUAUUUUAGAGACUGGCCUUAAUGUUACUGUGCAAGUUCACCGCAGCGGCAACUUUUUCAUAACGUUUACUAACAUGCUUCCUCGUAAAAAAAAGUUUUUAGUGAGCUGUGUUUUUGGAUAGUGUGUCUGUCUCGUAGGGCCCUCUACUCUGGUCUUCCUAUUCUUAAGGCCACAGUCCACACGAUUUACUUGACCUGUUAUUGUAGUUAACGUCCUUUGGUCGUGUAAAUGCUAGUACUGGUAGUACGAGGGUUUUAGAAUUGAUACGAUUUGCUCUUGCCGUGAGAUGGCAAUCGUACUCCAGUCGCCCCCGCUAAAAGUCUCGGGCAGUCAUUUGGGUACAGCUUUUUUGGGUUAGAUCGCGUAAAUAUGAAUGCGUCAUUAAACCCACCACCACCCGACACAGCCAAUUAGUAAGGUUUGUCAUAGUAAAAAAAAAACAUGCCAAUUCGUUACAAGUACAGCACACCGGUCUGUUGGAGAGUAAACCCACAACAUUUACAAUUAGAGUACUUUACUGUGACUUUACACUCCAACGAAUUGUCACGUUUUGUUUACGUCACGAAACUUACUAAUUGGUUAUGUUGGGUGGUAGUGGGUUUAUCGACGCAUUUAUUUACGCGAUCUAACCUAAAAAAAACCCUCGUGGAUAUUAUUGGUCGCGGAUGACCUACUGCGUGUUAAAGUCAUUCAGGUUUCGUGCGGGUUUUAAGAUGCACAGUCAAGAAAACCGUUCCCACAUAUCUUUGGGGAAGGGCUUUACACUCGUGGACGAGCUAGACCGGUGCACAAUGCCACGUCCUCUGCAUUGGUUUCCCAGGAUCUUUAACUCGAGGCUUAAAGUCACAGGUGCUAUUUUUUUGCACGCUAAAUUCCUGUAUGGGACAAUGACAGUAAAAUAAUUUCUCAUCCAUGCCGUAUAUCCAGUACAAAUGUUGAAAAUCACUGGACCUCCCAGUUGGCCAAGAUCGGGUUCCCCCUCUCCCCCCACACUGUUUUACCAUGAUGAUCAGGUCAAAAUUAAUUCAACAUUGAGCGCCCAUUAAAAUGCAACCUUACAUUUUAAGUUUGCAUCGAUUACUAUAGCUCCAGGUAAGCUGUUUUUUUUCUUUUUCAAGCGGGUGACCUAUUGUGGGCCAUGACAAUUAAGGGAAAUAUUCUUCUAAAUGUAUGAUGGACUAUGAUGAAAGGUGAACAUGAGCUGUAGCGAGACUGGACAAUUAGCAAUUGGAGACGUUAUUUGUGUUUAGGAUGACUGGUUAAGAACUUUGUAUUUUGCAAACUCAUUAAUUUGACUUAAUUAAGUACAGGUUUUCCCUCGCUUUAUGCAGUAGAUGCGUUCCAAAAUAAAAAGGGCAAAAUGAAAACGCAACAGGGGACAGUUUGCCUGCCCGAGUAGCAGGCAAUGCAGUACGCAAACAGUUGCUGUCGCACGUCUGGCCGGUGAGUGAAUUCCAACCACUUGAACCGCGAAUUUUACGGUGAAAAUAGGUUGGCCACAUGCAUGCAGCGCGAAAUCGCACAAACCGGAACCUGCGUAAAGCGAGGGGAAACUAGUCGAUUAGAGGGACAUCGCCUCCCAAUAAUUUCUAGCCCUGCUGUUCUUACAAGUUCACUUGAAGGAGUGAAGCCCCAUCCACUUGUGCACGGGAGUAUCUUUGUACAUUGGCCAAUGACGGUCCUGGGGAUGUAAGCCCGAAAGUGUUCUUGAAAAGAAACCACCAUUUUCACAACACUAAAGGGUAUAUUAUUCCUUUAAACAGCUGACGAAAGAGAAUGCAUUUUAGCAUGGCGUGUAGUGCAUUAUGUAACCACGGAUCCAUUUAAUAAUGUAUAGAUAUUUGAAAUCCAUUAUUGCUAUGUUAUGGCGAUCGUUUGACCAUACUUUACAAGGCUUGGACAGUGCUGGUUUGUGGAGAGGGGGGGGAUGCCCCAGGACUGCUUGUAUUGGGGGUGGGGUAUUCUAGUUUUAUAGCAUCAAUAUUAGCAUUGCACCAAUAUCAGAAUUGCACCAAUGGAAUGCUGGCUUCAAAUGUGUUGUACUAUUUCAUUACGUUCUUCCUGUUAAGACUUCAAAGGUGUUUUUUUUAAUUAACUUACAUUUUCAAUAGCCCAACCACCACCCACAAUUUAGUCGCCAUCGGGUAAAGUACAGAGGGCGGGGGGGGGAUUGCAAGUGAACGUUUUUUGGAUGCGAGUAAAAAUGCCGAUGAAGGAAUUUGUAUACAUCGAUGCGGGUACGUACGUUGCAAGCCUUAUUUUUUUGUGCUUUUUUAACAAAUCAAAAUAUUUAAAAUGGGAUUUGUCUAAGAAAUGCGGUAUUGCCAGUACCAUUUUGGUUUUUUUGCUGCACAAGUUUAUCUUGCAUUGACACGCAAAUUUGCAAAAAUCAAAACUAACUUUUCUACAAAUAACGCCACCACGUAAACCUUCCAAUUUAACUUUUUUUAGAAUUCCGUAUUUUAUUUGGAUAUGUUCCUUAAAGAGAUGUACCAAAUCUACUUAAACGUUGACAAGUAGGAGGAUGUAGUGCGGCAUUAAAUAAUUUAUAGAUUUCAUUUUUUCCCCCUUUGCCUGUCAUACUCAGUUUCUGUUGAUAGUGCUUCAAACUUCUCCUGUGCGCUUUUUGGGCCUACUACUCUCAGAGAUCGCAAACAUGUGGCUCUCCUCUCGAAGCCAAACGCAAGAUGUUCCCCUGAAAAUUUCAAGACGCGUACUUUGAUUUACGAGUGUAAGCUGUUGAGCUCAGACAUGCUUAGGAUUUGAGUACAUUAUAAUCGCUUGCGUGUCGUAUUCCUUUUUUUUGCGUUGGUGCCAACAAGAUCCACGUGAUCUGUCUAAUGGUUUAGUACGUCAGGCAUUUCAGAUUACAGUUAAUAGCCACAGGGUUGGUGUGCAGAUCUUUUGUUCUGUUAUCGAUGUGUUUUUAAUUUAAGGAUUAGUAUUUAAUGUUUGGAAGACCGAAAUUUCUGUCCUUAUUUUGAACUGAAAGCGAUGCAUGUCUUAACAGGUCAUAAUGUAUCGAAUUACCAUUGCUUAAGAAUUAAACAUUGCUGUGACGUCUAUACCCAAGGAAAAAAGUAUACCCCUAUUUAUACCUGAUCAUAAAUUUUUGUCCAUAAGUAACAAAGCAUUGGCUUUUAAAAUUACUACGAUGUAAUUAAGCUCCUGCCCUGACCACUGAAAUUAAACCUCAUCUAUAUUAAAAGAAGCAAGACUUUACAUGUUAUGCAAAACAGGUUCCAAGCAUUGAGUAGCAAGGUACUAAGAAAUCUACUGUAUACAUGAAAAUGCGUUUUUUUUUUCCUGCAUUGUGCUUUGUUGAUUGUUAUAUUCCAACCACCAACCUUCAUCCCAUUCCCCCAGACCUUUCCUUUCACUUAAAUAACGUCGGUUUUGUGUGUACGAUUUGUUAUUUGGAAGAAGGAAAAAAACUUUAAAGAAAUAAACGUCAAACUUGUGUAGUUUGCUAGCUUGUC